AUGGCCUAAGUGGCACUGACUGCCAAUAUCUCAAGGAUGUACAGAAGAACACGCCGUGCGACAAAUGUAAAUGUAUGAAAUGGAAUGUGACCGAUGCGGACAAAGAACACAACGGACACCACCUAGGUAGGGGGUGUCAGAAGUGUGAAGGAGACAAAUGUACCCAUUCCUGUUACAAGAAAAGCUACAAGUCUGCAUACUCAAAUAACAAUGAUUCACGGAAGAAUGAUAACAUAGUCACCUGGGAAAAACUCAGUACAUCCAGUAAUAGAUCCAAAUGCGCCCGUAUCCUCCUAGGGUCAGUAUGUCUCAUCUGGAGUGGACUUACCUAUAUGUAUUGGACAGGCAAGUAUGCAAAAGGUAGCCCAUAUUGGAAUAACCACAUCCUGGAUGGUACCGGUCUGGAUGACGGUACCCUAUCACAAUGGCUACAGGCCUUAGGGUUUCCUAGGGAUAUGCUUAAUAACGCUGGGCCAAAGAAUAGACUUGACAAGGUCAUAUGGGAUGGACUUAGGGAUAAGUUUUUCUUGGGAUUCCUGGAGCCUAAAGGCCUUAGUGAUAGUGGUGAUGUUAAUGACAUCAAUGGUAAUACCGCCAGAGCUCCUUUCGGCAUGAACUAUCCCGGAUUUGUACAUACUAUACAUAGGGAUUCAUUCAACACUGAUCAAGCUGAUGUCUUUCCUAAUGGCACUAGUUAUAGUGACACUGAUACUAACCAGCACAAACGAGGUGCCCUCUUCAAACUCUACAUACUAUCAUGUGCCUACUUUACUGGAUUACAAAAGAAGACUAUUCCCACUACCCCUAAUAAUCCCAAGACCAUCCGUGAGAUCCUAUACUGGCUAAGUGCAUUGCCCUAUAGUCAGGCAUAUAAGGAUACGCUACACUAUGCCAAGAAAAGACUAGAAGAGGUACUCAAGAAGCCCGAUGAAUGUGACACUGAACAGCAACAACUCAAGUUCUACCAAGAUAAACGCCCCCAUCCCAUUACCGUUGAUGUAUUCAACCUGUUUGCCCACUUCCAAGCAGUGACUCAGUACUGCCCACUGGUCCUCAUAGGUAUCCAGGGUGGACUCAAAGGCACUGACAGCAGUACAGAACCUCCUAUCCAUGCCCUCUAUGCUAACACUGAGUGCCACUUCACCUAUCCCACUGUGCCCAUUCAAGCAUACAACCAGGUGGUUCACUACAUUAGGGCUCUGUUCUAUCAACUCUAUUUCCUUAGGAAGCAAUGUGCCGUGAAGGUGGCUCUAGGAGGGAAAUGGCGUGAGUGUAGGUAUGGUAGUGGAGUGCUUGGGAAGGGGGUAAUUAGCUGGAUGUGCCUGGGGUGUAGCCCCAUGGAACAUGAUAGGAAAAAAAGGGUAGAGAAGGUAAAUGGGGAUUUAAAAACAGUGCUCAAGGGGACAUCAGGGGAUCUUCCCGGAGCACUAAAGGAAUUACUGCAGAGGAUUGGUGAAGUAGUGGUACAAUUGGGUAAUGCCCAGGAGGCAUUGGAAGGGAAGGAGAAGAAGGCUAUACAGGGGGUGAAGAGAGAACUGGAGAAGGCUAAGGGGGCACUAGAUACGGCUAAGGGGAAACUAGAGAAGGCUAAGAAGGCACUAGAGAAGCUGACGACGAAUGGUGGUGGUGGUGGAAUACUGAAGAAUGUAGUGGAUGCAAUAGGUAAGGCUCAAAGUGAUGUGACAAAUGUCGAUCCUGGUAAGAACGCGAUAAGUGAGGGCGUCCACAAGAUACGGGAGGUAUUGAAAAUAUUGAAAGAGGAAGUCCCUGAGGCAAUAGACAAGGCAAUCGAUGAGAUGAAACAGAAGGGAAAGGAUGCAUAUGGCACGACACGUGAACUAUUGGAUUGGGCCUCUAAACAAUUUAUUCAUGCCAUAGAACAGAUCAAAGAUAUAUGCAACUCUGCCAAGUGCAGUGCAUGUGACCAACACUCCAAGAAGUGUGGCCAACCAUCCAGAUUCACACAGUGUCCUACCUGCCUCCAACCCACUACCACUGGUGUCCCCUCCCCCCUCCAGGCAUUCCUUGAGGAUCGGUUACCAGGGUUUAGUUGUGAGGUAGUACGAAACAAUGACACAGACAAAGACACAGUCUAUCCACCCGCUGCAUCCCACUUGGGACACUGUGGUGGUUCCGGCCAGUGCUGUCCAUUGCCAAUGGGUUUCAGAGGGCAAUUCCAGCAAGGAAUCACCCAAACCGGCCAACGCCUUUAUGGCAUCCUGUACUUCUUCAGUAACGAGAAUAUGAUGCAAUCGUGUGUUUAUACAUUGGUGAGGGUAACAGCAGAACUCAGUGCCACAACACCACAGGUACUGGGUGAUGUAUUCGGGUUCUUUAGGGGUGGUGUAGGAAAUAAAGAGGAAGGAGAGACUAAGAGUGGACAGAAAAAGACGUGUGAGCAUAUCAAAGACCCCUCUAAUAAAGGAGAAGAUAAGUACUUUUGCGGCUGGUGUGCCUCUGGGUUAAGGGAUGAAGUAAAGAAGAUAGAGUGGAUACCAAAGACAGGGGAGGCACCAUACCAGGACAAAGUCGGUAAAGCACUAAUAGGUAUUAAAGGCGAGAAGGACAGUAGUGCCACUCCCACCAACACUUCCCUCUCAACACUCACUGACAGUAACCACUACGUAUCCCCCCUAACCGGUGAGCUUUAUACCGCAGUGAGUGCCACUUUCGGUGGAACAUACCUCUCAUGGGUACUAUACCUAUCAGAUGCCCUUGAAGGUGGUCUAAAGUCACUUGCUAGUGCAUUCCAACAGAUUGAAUGCCGUGGCUGUAGAGAAUGUGACCCCAAUAAGUGCAAGAAGGGUGAGCACGGACAGGGUAGUGGACAGUGUGGAUGCCAAUCAAUCGUAUCAUGUACCGGGGUACUACCGGUAUUGUAUAGACAUGGCUUCAGCUACGGUAACCCAUUCAAUCUGGAGGGGUAUGAACAGAAGGAUGGAAGCAGAGAGGGGGAUUAUAGUAUUACAGACACGAAGAAUCCUAGACGUUGUCAUCAAUUCUUGGACAGUCUUGCUGUAGUGAUUGACAAGAACAAGCAGGCCGCCUCUCAGCAGGACCAGGACAACAAGCAUCCCCUGACAGAACUCCUCUCCCAAGUCGGCCAACUCCAAUACGACAUACGGCUCCCCUGGAUCUUUGUCCUCACGGUAGCCUGGCUAGUAGCGGUACUAUACCUUGCAUUUGGAGCCAUAUGGCCACUGGACUGGACUCAUAUGAGGUCGCAUUGGUUACGGGGUGGAGAACACCAGUGGCAAUGUAUGUGGUAUAAGGUGAUGACGGGGGUUCGACGGGUGCCAAAUGUGAGCAGUGAAUCCACAGCGUAGAUGAUAGGAUGUUUAACAUGGCGUUAUACCAGUAUUGCUGUUAGUAGGAAUAUGAAAU